GUUAACUCUGGACUCGCGCGUUUUAGUCCGCGCUCCAUGCGUACGCGCAUGUCAUACUAUAUUUACACUGACGCGAAGCCUUCGUAAUCAAGAUAACGUAAUUACACGCAUAAAUUAGCGAUUUUAUUUGGAAUUGAUAAAAAGAGGUGUUUAUUUGAUCAAUUGGAUAUUUGAUAAAAGUGGAAUAUGACUUUUUAAGAUAUUAUAAUGAGACGGUAUUAAAUAUUUAAUAACUGUCAAAUAUUAUCAUUUUUCCGUUUUGAAUUUACCGUUUCAGAUUAGUUAAACGUGAUAUAUUACUAAAAUAUUGUAAAAGUGGUUAUUUUUUUCUGCGAAAUGUCACAUUUACUGAAAAAUCUGUCAGUUUCAGUUAUGCUGUAACUGUGUUUUUUUCAAAAGUUCUUCAAAAGCAAAUGAGAAGUGAGAGUUAUUGAACUUCUUGACAUUACUCAUACUUGUAACUAACAUUAAGUUAGGAAAAUAUAAGUAUAUGAGAAGUGUGUGCAUUAAUAUUCGCGUGAUUCGGGGAACUAAAUGUGGAGUGUAAGUCUGUUGGUGCCCUUAGUAUUUCCGAAUUACUGAAAGUGUCCUGCCUUGUGAGUUUUGUUCAUCUGAAGAAACCCUGAAGCAGCCUAAGAAUAAUGGAUUUGAGUCAGAGAAGGGCGGGGGGCGGGGCGCAGUGGGCGUGGCGGCCGGCGCGCGCGCACUCGCAGACGCACACUACUCACCGACAUAGACCAAACCACUAUUGGCCAUUGAAUUUUCUCACAGAUUAUAAAGAACGGCAACACCGCCACCCGCUCCUGCGGCCACCAAUUUACAAAUAAAACGCGGGGAACGUCCGCUCCCGGCAAAAACUGACCGCUCUCCGGCGCAUAUGAAUGGAGCCGUUUUUGCCACCGCACCAUAAUGCCGCUUCAAUCACGGCCAGGGAAUGUGUAACGACUGAAGUACAAGGGAAAUAAUUCAUGAGCAUCGUCGCGAAUCAACAUCAUGGCUGGCGUAUCCCGAGUCUCGCCUUCGUCGGCUCCUACGACGGGCGUGCCCGCUGCGACCCAGCAUACGGCCCCCGCGGCCCAGCGUCAUCACCGUCUCCGGCCGGGGCGACGUCGGCUACUACAAUACGCAGAUGGUCUUCGACCUUAAAGAGGAAUCCGGCGAGCUGAUAAAGUCGCCGUCGCCGCCGCCCAGCCACGACGGCUCGGCGAGCGGCGAGGGCGAGGGCGAGCUGAGCGGCGACGAGCGAGCGCCGUCCCCGCCCCGCGCGCCCUCCGCCCCGCUGCCCCACCCCGCGCACCCCGCGCACGCGCCGCACUCGCACGCCUCGCAUGCGGCGGCCUCGGCGGCUACUGCUGCUGUCUUCACAGCGGCAGGCGCGGGCAAUGCUCUGGCGCAGCUGCAGCACCUGCUGCUGACGCCGGGCGCGCACUCGCUGCUGCUGCACUCGCAGGUGCAGCAGGCGGUCGCGCAGGCCGCCGCGCACCAGCUGCAGCAGCUGCAGGCGCGCGCGCACCACCAGCCGCAACUCACUGACGGGCGCUCCCCGUCGCCGCGGCGCACGCCGCCGGGCGCGGCCGCGUUCCUGACGCCGCUCACGCCGGGCUCGGGGCGCGCGCGCUCGCCGCCCCGCUCGCCGCUGCGCUCGCCGCACGCGCUCGCCAACACUCCGCUGCAUGCGCACGCGCACAAACCGCGCGCGCUCGAGCCCGCCGCCGACGACACCGCCGACUUGGAGGAGCUCGAACACUUCGCCAAGACAUUCAAACAGAGGCGGAUAAAACUCGGUUUCACGCAGGGCGACGUGGGGCUCGCGAUGGGCAAGCUGUACGGGAACGACUUCUCGCAGACCACCAUCUCGCGGUUCGAGGCGCUCAACCUGAGCUUCAAGAACAUGUGCAAGCUGAAGCCGCUGCUGCAGAAAUGGCUUGAAGACGCAGACUCGUCGCUGUCGGGCAGCGGCGGAGGCGGCGCGAGCGCCGGGCUGGGCGCGGGGCUGGCGGAGGCGGUCGGGCGUCGCCGCAAGAAGCGCACGUCCAUCGAGUCCGGAGUGCGAGUCGCUCUGGAGAAGGCCUUCCUCCACAAUCCCAAACCCACCAGUGAGGAGAUCGCGGCGCUGGCCGACGCUCUGUGCAUGGAGAAAGAAGUCGUGCGCGUUUGGUUCUGCAAUCGGAGGCAAAAGGAGAAACGUAUCAACCCCCCGGCGGGUGAGAGCGGCCCCGUGAGCGGCGUGCUGCCGCUGGUGGCGCCCCACGCGGCGCACGCGCAGCCGCACGCGCUGCACGCGCUGCAGCCGCUCGCGCUGCUGGCGCGGGCGCCGCGCGACUGACCGACACAUAUCCACAGACCACACGGCUUCUUCAUUUACGAUGAUGUCUGAGACAGUUCACGCGCGUACCGUGCGCGGAGUGCGACACUUGGAGUUGAGAAUGCGAAAAUAAUUGGACAUUUAACACAGGGUUUACUGGUAAAACAUUGGUAAAACAUAUUAUUUAAGGGUUAAAUCAGUGGAUAUAUAUCUCUCAUCGUUCUGUUUGGAUUAUGUCAUCAAAGUAAUGUUUUAUCAGCAACCCUGUUUAUAUAUCACUCAUCUUUUUUAAAACAACAAACACCGAGGGAGCAAAAAAUGUUGUUACAUAAAUAUGUAUUUUAUCGCAAUAAUUAAAUUUAUUCUUUGUUUCUACAUAUUGAUCUCCACUUCUUCUAUGCUACCCUUGGUCAGUAUCUCAAUAUACUUUCAGACAUUCAGGAUAUUACAGUGAAACAUUUUAUGAGUCUGAAAACAUUUUAAAGGUAAUUUUAAUACAUAUUAUUAAAAUAGCAAAAUUUUAAUCACCUACUAUCACCGAUAAAUUUUCUCCAAUAUUUAUCUCCAAUAUAUUUCUAAAUUGAUACCAGUGUCCAAAUGCGUGGGAAGUGAGUUUAUGGAAAUUCCAUCGAUUGGGAUUUUAAGACAGCUGACUAGCUCGUUGGAAUCAACUACGCAAUCAUCGAUGUAACAAAUUAUGAUCACAUCUCUUAUCUGCUAAGCUUUAAGGUCCUAUUCACAUUCAGCCAAAUUGCUAAGUCCAGGAUAGUCCGAUAGUAUUUCCAUUAUGGAGUAGUGAUUUUAUUGUACAUAUAUUAGUGUUGGACCAUCCAUAGGUAUGACUUCAUGUGAACCGAACCUUUGAGCUACACAGGACAUCGUAAUUCAUAGGUUAUUUUGAAUGACCAAAUGUUAUAUUCCUAUCAAGGCGCGUGUGAUUUCAAUAUUUUAUAUUAAAUAAUAAGUUCUGUGGUGACUGGCUGAACGGACUUAAUACGAUUUUAAUUUUAGAACAUUAUUGUAAAAGACGCCCUUAACAGUCAAACAUAAUUUUUCUCAUAGCAAUUCCAAUAUAAAAAUUUCUGAAAAAUUUUGUAUUUAUAAAUUGAUACAAUUAUUAAAAUGCGCGACUGUUGAGGGAGUUUUAAAAGAUUAUAUUAGUACCAUGUACAAUAUCAUUUCGCAAGCGAUUUAUUUGAACUAUCUUUGGGUUCACAACAUAAUUAGUUUUUAGUUUUUGUCAUUAAAACACAUUACAAAGUGAAUUUUCAAAAAGUAAUAACCAAAGAUAUCUAUUACAAUAAUGCGUCGCUUCAAACGAUGUUGUAUAGGGUGCGGCCUCAUCAUGUGUGGUGUGGGCUCUGUCUAACAUGAUGUUGUAUUAUUAUAUUCUAAUUGAACUGUGAGUUGUAGUAAGUCCUACGGUAAUCAUAAUGUAGGGUUGACUAACGUAUUGAUGUAAGGCCAGCCUCAAGUCGGCCGAAUACCUGGCCGGAAUUCCUAAUCUUACUCCGGCUAUGAAGACAUGAUAUUUAAGUAUUAAAGUUAUUAAAUACACUUCCUAUACAAGUAAAAGACUUAAAUAGAGAAAUCGUUAGUUUUUAUGAUCACAAUUCAAGAAAAAAAUUAUGAUCAUUAUACUAUGCAUGUACACGAUUGAUCAUUAUUUUAUCUUUUAAUACAAAAUUGAUGUACCUACCUAAAUUCUUUUUCUAUUUAUGUUUAUGUUGUUGACUUGUUUGAAAGAAGCUCAUCAUAGUUUAUAAUGUACGUAAGUGAGAGUUCCGGAGGGUAUCCGCCUGCCGGACGCGGGCCGGCCCGGGCACGAGCCGGACGCGGGCCGGCCCGGCGCACGAGCCGGACGGUGUUGUACAUAGCCGCCUGUACAGUUAGCGUAGAUGUAUAUAGGUGUAUAUGAUAUGGGCGACGUAGACUAAGUUUAUAUUCGUGGAUGUAUUUAUGUGCGAGCGAGGCCCGGCGCGCUUAUCAGCGCCGGUCGUAGAUAUCUGUAUGUUACAAUAAAACAUGAUAGACUU